ACUAGCCCCCCAUAGUCAUCCUCCUCACCCCUUAGCUAAAAUUACCCUAGUGAUGUAAGAGAGGCGAGCUGAGGCUCUGUCUAUACAAGCUGAAGUCCAGCAGCAGCUCAGACACGGGCUCUGGGACACCUCAGGAGACACACAGCCAGGAUAAAGCAGCAGGAUUCAGCCAGAGCCACAGCACACACACACACACAGAGAAAGAUGAUGAUGAUGCAUGGAGUGCAUGAUGACUUGGCCAAGCAGCGGCAGCAGCAGGCCAUGGCCUUGUGCCGUGAGGCCCGAGGAGAGAGGCUGAACCUAGGGAAGAAAAUUAGCACCCCAAGGGAUGUUCAGAUGGAAGAACUGAAUUUGACUUCAAACAGAGGAUCCCGAAUGUUUCAAGAGAGGCUAAAACGAGUUGAGAAAUUCACCCUGGAGAACACGGUCAACAGCAACGCCUUCACAUACGACCAGACUGAGAUGACCCCCGCAGAGAGCCAGACACAGAGCCAGCCAGAGAUGGGGAAGGAGAACUUCACCUACAUCAUACCUGGCAAAACCAGCCUGGUCAAUACCCUCAAGAAGACUGUGGCCAAGAAAGGAUGCCCAAACGUCCUCGCUCCAGGAUAUGCUGGCCCUCUGAGGGAAAUCCCCACUGAGAAGUUCAACGCCACCGUGAUCCCCAAGUCCUACUGCUCCCCAUGGAGGGAAGCCCUGGGCAGCACUGACAACCUGGUGGCCUCCCUAAGCUCCCAACUCCCAGAGCUCCCACAGAAACUCCCAGCCUCCAACUACAGGUGUUUCAACAGAGCGGCUAUGCCAUUUGGCGGCCCGAUGGCGAGCAAGCGGGUCAUCCCUGUGAUCAACUUCGAGCAGGUGGACUCCCAGAACCUGCCAGGCUCCGUGCUGGAGCGCAUGGCCUCGCGGCCCAGCUUCAACCGCGCGCCCCGAGGAUGGGGCAUGGACUACAACCCGGAGUCCUCAGACCUGUGACGGGCCAGACGGCAGUCACAAUACGCCAACCAACCCCCAGGGGGCGUCUGCCCUGGGCGAGAGACUGAGAUUGGCUUGUACCUGCGCUUGCAUUUUCUCACUACUGGCAAUUGAUGUGUUGGGUGUGUGCGAGUUGGAUGAGACUGGGCCUACGCAAUCAGUUUAGGCCGACCAGAUAGCAUGCGACUCUGGGGCGGACCUGGAGGGCAUUUCCAAGUGCUUUAGUGGCAAAGCUGGGUAAGUUAACGCGUCAACUUUUUGAGUCGCUUAUUUGCCUUCUUUCCCAAAGUGAGAUAUGAGGAUGCAUUCGGUAAGCUAACGCUGUCACACUGGGUUAUUGCACCUACAGAGAAGAGAGCGAUAUGCAUAUCUUUAUCCAACUCCGGGGUCGAGGCAAAUAAGCUAACUUCUCAAAAGGUUGGGCAAUUUCACUUACCCACGAUUGUCACUAAACCAUGCACUUGGAAUUCCCACUUGGCUCAAAUCGGGCCUGGCUGUGGCCCGGGAUCUGCCCAGUUCUGCUCCGGACUCUACCACUAUCUGGGACCGCCGCGUAAGGUGGAUGCCUAAAGCUUCCUUUGUGUUUCAAGAGAUAAUUUAUUGCUAGCAAAGAUGCAGCAAGAGGGGCCGCCAGGACUGUUGUUAUGCAUUACAGGUCAUCAACACAAAUAUAUGGCACUUUUAUUUACAUUAUUUAUUUUUGAGACAUAUGGUAUUCUGUCAGAAUACAUGUCAGUAUCCUGAAAUAGAGACACCAAAAAUAUGCUGGAUUGGCAAAGAGAAAGGAAUAUUUUAUUGUUUAAAAUGGACCGUAUCUGGUGUGAUCUGAGUGUACAUUUGUGAAUUGCUUGUCCUGACUAGCAGAGGGGAAAUCCAUGUUGUAAAUCAGCUGAAACACGUUG